UGCAGUUUGUACUGAGGAGUGACCCGUAGAGCUCUGAUUGGUCAGACUGUCAGGGCCGUGGUUCUGAUUGGUCAGAGCGUCGGUCCUCGCGGAGCGGGCUGGACGGCGCAGUGUAACGUGAGCAGCCAGACGCGUUUACCGACCCUCCUCUUCCUCAUCAUGGCCUGCCCCCCCACCAAACGGCUCCGCGGCCUGAACCAGGAAGCGGUGGCGGUCUUUGACAACUCCUUCGGCGACGACGAGGAUUUCACUCAGGACGACCUGGAUGAGAUUGACAUCAUCGCAUCGCAGGCCGACCUCGGCGGCGGCGGGGGGCUGGGACCCAAACCGACGGUGGGCGGGUCGACCUGGACGGGAGAACAAAGCAGACCGCUCCCAUUGGGCAGAGCCAGAACCAAUCAGAGCAGGGAGAACGCUCGCGGGAACAGCAGGGAGGCUGGUGGUGUCGGGCAGCGCUGCAGGGCGGACAGUCUGCUGGAGGCUCAGCACGCCGAGCUGAAGAGGAAGCUGCAGCAGUUGGAGGAGGACGUGGUGCUGAAGAGCGGGGAGGUGCGGGUGCUGCGGGACGCCCUGCGGGCAGCGCAGCAGGAGAAGGAGGCGCAGCGGCAGGAGCAGCUCCUCCUGCAGAGAGACAGGCAGCGCGAGCAGAGCGACAGGGAGAAGGAGCUCAGCAGGAAGGUUCAGUCCCUCCAGUCGGAGCUGCAGUUUAAAGAAGCAGAAAUGAAUGAAAUGAAGAGCAAAGUGCACAGCUCUGACCGAAGCAGCAAGACGGCCUCACCGCUGCCCAGGAACAGUCCCAGGGUGCUGAGCUGUGUCGCCCAGCUGAAUCAUGGGAGCAGCAGCAGCUCUUCCUCUCCGACAGGAAGUGGUUUUAUCACCAAGGAGACGUUUGGCGCCCAGCUGCAGACCAGAAUGACGCCGGUGAAAACGCCAGGGUCGGCACAGAAAGACGCAGAUAGAGGUGUGUCUGGCAGCAGAUCCACUGACAAACAGGAAGUUCCCCGCCCAGACCCGUUCCUGUCCAUCAGACCCAAACAGCACCAGUGCCGAGGUGGCGCUCUGCUGGGCCUGUUGCUGCAGCAGCCUCUGUCUCCCAGCAGCCUCGGCCUCUGUCACCUCCUGUCUGUCGCCGCGGCCGACGCACACGGCAGCAGCAGCUCGGCAGCCUUCCUCCUCCGCAGCGACUCGGCCAGGCUCAGGUCUGCCGGCAGCUCGGCUCACAGUCUGGCUCUGACCGGUUUGAACCUGCUGAGCCAGACUCCGCCCCCCGCCGCCCACGCCGCCGCCAGCAGGGUGUGUCCCGGGGCGGUGCUCCUGCUGCCCCUGCUGUCCCAGCAGCUGUCCCGGCUCUGCCAGGCGCUGGAGGCUCUGCACUCGGCCGGCCCGGCGCCGGAGGAGGCGGGGCGCUCGGACCUGGACCUGCAGGAGGCCGGCCUGGCCGCCCUGCGGGCCCUGAACCUGCUGCUGGACCACAGCCAGGAGGUGGUGGAGGCGCUGCUGUCAGAGCCGACUGAGGAGGAGCAGACAGAUCCCAAGACGGAGCAGUGUGCUGUGGGUGCUGGGCAGACUUCCCAGCAUGCCUUGCUGCGGUGUGUGUUGCGGCUGUGUGACGUGACGUUCAGCAGCCGAGCGGCUCGGAGGGAAGAUCUGCUGCAGGGCGCCAUGACGACGCUGUGUGUGCUGCUGGAGAGGAGCACACACACACACAGGCUGCAGUGUGUGUUGCGGAGCUCUCUGCUGUGUGUGUGUGUGUCAGCAGACAGCAGGUGCCAGGUGGUGUCCAGGUGUGUGUCGGUGCUGCGCUCUGUGGCCGACCACCGGCCGCUGGCCCGUCAGCUCUGCUCGCAGCACGAUAACUGUGUGUUCCUCAGGUUGUUCCACUACAUCAGAACCAGACCAGACAGCCAGGCAACACACACACAGUGGAUCAUGCUGGACCUGCAGGUGGUGCGUUUGCUGAACAGACUGUUGACUCAGAGAGCAGAGAGCUGGUCCGCUUUUGCCCAGAGCAACUGCCAGUGUUACACUGAGCUGGUUCAGACGGUGGUGGUGCUUCUCCAUCGUCAGUGGUUGGAGCUCAGGAGCUUCCAGGAACCGACAGACGCUGCAGCUGGCCCCGUGCGGCGCCCCCUGCGGGCCGGCGGGGGCGGGGCCUCUCUGCUCAGGGAGGCGGUGCUUCUGCUGCACUGGCUGCUGCUGCAGCACGGCAGCUUCUCGCUGUCCUGCAGGCCGCUGCUGCACAUGUACGACCAGGCCGUCCCGUCAGCACGGGACACCCUGAGGAGCCUGCACCCCCUGUCUGAGAGCGAGGAGCUGGCGCUGGAUGAGAUCUGCCGCUCGGAGGCCGACGACGCCGACGACAUGGACACCGACACCGGCCCCUGAUUGGCUGACCACGGGAACCCUGAUGACAUCACAGCUCCAGUGUUGGAGGAGCGGACUGGAUGUGGACCGCACAUGAACACGUGAACACAUGAACACGUGAACACAUGAACACAUGACUGUGACAGAAGCUGCGUGCUGACUCGGCCCAUCAAAGACAAAGGAUCAGCGGGGAGAGGACAAUGACAUCAUUGUCCUCUCCUCCAAUCGCUGAGGUCAGACUGCAGCGCCCACACCGAGGCCACGCCCACGCAGAAACCUGUUUUUGAACAAGCAGCUUCUUCUUGGCAUUUUGACGUUCUGUCCCCAUGAGAGCCGAGCUCUUCUUCUGUGGUGCGGCCAGCGAGCAGGAAGCACUUUAAGUGUGAUGUCACGUCUUCUCAGCUCCGCCUCCUCCUCUGUCAGCCUCGUUUCCAGCAGCGCACUUCCUGUUUCCUGCAGGUUUGGACGCCGCUGAGACGUUUGGAAGCUGAUUCAUGACGAGUGUGUGUGCUCUCAUUUGGACACAGAGCUGUUUUCUUUUUUUUUCUGUUUUUUAAUGUAUAAAUAAAGUUGCAUCUUCAAAGCCAUCCGUCUCCACGUGGGCGUGGCCUGACACGAGGCCGCAUGACGUGCACAAAACAAAUGAAGUGUCCUGAGUGCAGACAGGCUGGGGGUCCUACAGACAGGCUGGGGGUCCAACAGACAGGCUGGGGGUCCAACUGACAGGCUGGGGGUCCUACAGACAGGCUGGGGGUCCAACAGACAGGCUGGGGGUCCAACAGACAGGCUGGGGGUCCAACAGACAGGCUGGGGGUCCUACAGACAGGCUGGGGGUCCAACAGACAGGCUGGGGGUCCAACAGACAGGCUGGGGGUCCAACAGACAGGCUGGGGUCCAACAGACAGACGUAAUGAGAUGGAAAAUCCUGGAAAAGUCAUGGAAUUUAAAAAUGUGUUUUCCAGACCUGAAAUGUUUUGUAAAAGAAUAAAACAACUAGAAACCUGA